GACAAAAAAUAUUUUCUAACAGAAGAUUUAAAGGAACCAAAAUGAAGAGCACUUACACCACGAAUCAUAGAAAGUAAAAAUGGAAAGAGACCGUCUUCUGAAAAAAUGAAUCAGUCGCAAACAUGAUGUGAACUGUGGGUGAUAGAAUUUGAAUGAUUGACAUCUUCACUGACAUUUGCAUAUUAACCUCUUACUGUCCGGAUGCGACGGCCGUACUUGGGAAUUGACCGAGGGCCAAUAUUCUCCAGUGCAGCCCGAGCAAGCUAGGUUAGUAAGUAGUUUAUUGUAUGGCACAAAACAAAAACUACACGGCUUACGGUCCGUAUGGCAAAAUUUCAACCACAAAAGAACCAAUUAGAAUGCUCGGUUUUCUAUCCGAGCAUUCUAUAUGACAAAACUAUUUUGCCGUAUAAUAAAAAUUAUAAAACAACAUCAGCCGUUCCAAAAAAACAAAAAGCCUUUCAACCAACAAAAAAUAGUCAUCAGCAAGAUUUGUACUCUCCCUAUGACAUUUAUGGAUGCCAGAAAAAAAAAUGCUCUUUUGUUACAUGGUGACAAAGAUCCAAACGUGCUUGUUGUGUUUACAGGUAUCAUCAGCUUCUGUGUGUGUUACUAUCACGGCCCUGUGACGAGCGGCAGAGGACUGGACCUCAUACGCUGGAUGCUGCAGCUUGUUGGCCUGACGCUACUCUACAUGGGUACUCGCUCAGAUGUGGUGUCGUUCGGUGUGAUAAGCACUGUGUUUUUGUCGCAUGUUAUCCGCAGCAGUGACAUACUAAUGGGUGUUAUAAAAAUGAUGCCUCGACACUGGGUUUCCUACAGAGUCUAUUACUUCUUCUUCCCUCCAAAACACAAGUUCCUAUCACAGGAGGAAUAUGUUAUCCAAGGAUCCCAGGAAACAAGUCGAGCUUUGGACGAUCUGAGAGAAUAUUGUAACAGUCCCGAAUGUAACACGUGGCAAGUGGUUAGCAGGCUAAAGCAUCCUUCCAGAUUCGCUUCAUUCGUGGCCAGCGGACAGCACAUUCUGGAAGAGGAAAUGAAGAUCUACGACUACGAUCCCACGCCAUGGCUGACUUCUGAUAGCGAUGGAAAUGACAGCGAUCCAAAUAACGAUCUGUAGUAACAUCGCUUACAUUUCACGAAGCAACAUCAGUCAUCGAUGCUCCAGAUCGAUUUGUGCCCAGCGCCCUACAGUGAAAUUUGGAAACAUGUGGAGAUGUUGAGUUAGGGUCCCGCCCAUAAGGCAAACUUUAGCCUAAUGGGAAGGUGAAUGGGAUGCGCCCUACAUGCGCGCCAAAUGCGCCAACAGAAUAGAAGUUAAAACAGUGGUGGGUCAGUUUGUCCAGUCUUCGAUGGGCAAGGCAUUCAAAAAGACGAACCUCAGACUGAAAUGUGGAACAUAAGUGUUUCAAGCUGGACUUCAACAACACACGCAAAUACAUUUUGGUGGUUUGUUUUUUAGACUUUUUCUGUUAAAGUGUGUAAAUAUUGCGACAGCAAUAGGCAGAGAGUUUUCGGUGCAGUCGAAUAUCGCUGAAUGCCAGUCGCUUGAUACGGCGUCCGUUAAAGCAGAAUUUGACAAUUCAUGACUAGUUGGUAUGUAUUUAGUUAGUUUUUUAUUUGAAUUUUUGAAUUUGAAUUUUCGAACUACUAAAAUUCUAACAUGGUGCUAACCUGCUUACAGACUUCAAAAGAAGUAGUAGACUUCUCCACACAGGCUAAGAAAUUUUAAAAACUUUAAUCGUUGCUUUGUAAUGUCGAAAUAUCUGUAAUUCUUUUUUCCGAUCUUGACACGCGUCUUCUAAAUACAUAUAUACUAUUUCCCGGUAAGUACUGACUUAUUAUAUUUUCCUCUCUCUCUCUCUCUCUCUUUCUCUAAAAUCACUUUUGUUGUGCGCGCGCCCGGGGGGCGGGGUACUCCCUUAUGUGUGCUAUAUAGGUACGUGCGGCCCCAAAGGGUGUGGUUUUU